AUGACAUCGUCGACGCCUUUGCGCGCUGAACAUGCUGCGACGGAGCUAGAUCGCCUCGGCACAAAAUGCCUAGCUCUAGUGACCGAGUGGGUAUCGCAAGGACAAGACAGCCGCACGCUGGCUGCACCGUGGCCAGAUGCAUCCUCGUUCCGUUCAUCGAUAGAUGUAUGCGUACCGGAGGAGGGUGUAUCGGAAAACACGCUUUUUGCAAAGAUCCGCGCGAUCCUGCACAACAGCGUCAAUCCAUGGACACAUCGAUUUCUCGAGAAGCUGUACUCUGCACCAGCUGUCAUCUCGAUCAUGGGAGAUCUGCUUCUAGGUGUCAUGAAUGCAUCCGUGCAUGUGUUUUCUGCCUCACCUAUCCUUACUAUGAUCGAGGAGCAAUGUGCCGCUGCAUUGUGCGAGCGUGUGGGCUACACGGCCGCCGAUGCAGAUGGCUUGUGCAUGCCAGGCGGCGCUGCAUCCAACACGUUCGCUGUUCAGACAGCGCUGUCUCAGUUGUUUGGUGGUGUGUAUCGGCAUGGUGGCGUGUGUGCGCUGGUCGAUGCAUACACGCAGCACAAGGGACGCAUCGGCCGUGGCGCACGUCCAGCAAUUCUCGUGAGUGCCGAUGCCCAUUUCUCCCUAUCCCGCGCGGCGUUGGCAGCAGGACUCGGCACGGACGCCGUCGUUCCGAUCGCCGUCGACAAGCAUGGCAAAAUGGAUACGAGCGAGCUUGUUCGUGUGUGCCUAGAGAUGGAGCAGGAGCCAGCGCACACACGUGGUGUACCCAUGAUGAUUUGCGCGACGAGUGGGACAACUGUUUUGGGCGCAUUCGAUGAUCUUUGUACCAUCGCACAUAUCUGCCGCAGAUUUGCCUGCUGGAUGCAUGUCGACGCAUCAUGGGGUGGCGCUAUGGUAUUUCUUCCAUCUGAUGCACCUGCAAGAGCCUGCCGGCUCGAUGGCCUGCAAGAAGCCAACAGCAUCACAAUCAAUCCACACAAACUCUUGGGCGUUACGCACCAAUGCUCGUUUUUGCUCGUCAAGAACAAGCUAGUGCUGCAAGUGGCCUCACUGACAGAGGAUGCAGGAUACCUCUUUCAUGACGCAUCUACAUCGUCGUCGGUGUCAUCCUCGUCGCCGUCAUCAUCGUCUUCACAACCGCCACGACCGCUUGUCAAUGACAUGGCCGCCAAGACACUGGGCUGUGGCCGCCGGGGCGAUGCUUUGAAACUAUACCUGGUGUGGCUUCGUUACGGCACACACGGGCUGAGUGAGCACAUUCAGCAUGGCUUGUACAUGGCGCAGCUCAUUUUGGCACGCAUUGAGCAGACGCCGACACUAGAGCUUGGCCCACUUGCAAAGCCUCUCUUUCUACAGAUCUGCUUCCGGCCCCGAUUCGGCGGCCCAGACGCCACUCGGCGCAUGCAUGCAAAGCUCAAGGCGUCUGGUCAGUAUGUCGUUGACUAUGCACCUGUACAUGAGAUGGGCGACUUCAUGCGCCUCGUUGUGCAUCCCACAACACCGCUACACGUGUAUGAAGCAUUAAUCGAUACAUUGGGGGACAUGGUAGACUCAACAUUAUAA